AGGUGCCGCGCGAGGGCGCUGCCGGCGUCACGACGGCCCUCGGUGCCCCGGAUGUUCUCCCUUCUGGCCCCUGACAGGGUCGGGGUGCCGCCAUUUUGAUUCCUCUCAGAGAGGGUGGCGGCGGCGGCGGGUGCUGGCGGUCCGGAGCCGCCCGCCGGGGACAGGCACCUCGCCCGCAUUUUUUUCAGGAGGUGACUUCGAGUUUCCUUUUUCUUUUUCCUUCUAGCCCCGUGCCGCGGGCCAGCUCGUACUCUUUCGCCCGGCACCCGGCGCGAUGUCCGGCGACGGAGCCGCCGAACAGGCUGCUGAAUAUGUCCCAGAAAAAGUGAAGAAAGCAGAAAAGAAAUUAGAAGAGAAUCCAUAUGACCUUGACGCUUGGAGCAUUCUCAUUCGAGAGGCACAGAAUCAACCUAUAGACAAAGCACGGAAGACAUAUGAACGCCUUGUUGCCCAGUUCCCCAGUUCUGGCAGAUUCUGGAAACUGUACAUUGAAGCAGAGAUUAAAGCUAAAAAUUAUGACAAGGUUGAAAAGUUAUUUCAGAGAUGCCUUAUGAAGGUUUUACAUAUUGAUCUAUGGAAGUGUUAUCUUUCCUAUGUUAGAGAAACCAAGGGAAAACUACCCAGCUACAAAGAAAAAAUGGCACAAGCAUAUGACUUUGCUUUGGAUAAAAUUGGAAUGGAAAUUAUGUCUUAUCAGAUUUGGGUAGAUUACAUCAAUUUCUUGAAAGGCGUGGAAGCUGUUGGAUCUUAUGCAGAAAAUCAAAGAAUAACAGCUGUCCGGAGAGUUUAUCAGCGAGGUUGUGUUAAUCCAAUGAUCAAUAUUGAGCAACUUUGGAGAGACUAUAAUAAAUAUGAAGAGGGCAUCAACAUACAUCUAGCUAAGAAAAUGAUUGAAGAUAGAAGUAGAGAUUACAUGAAUGCCAGGCGUGUGGCAAAGGAGUAUGAAACAGUAAUGAAAGGUUUAGACCGCAAUGCCCCUUCAGUACCUCCACAGAAUACUCCCCAAGAGGCUCAGCAAGUAGACAUGUGGAAGAAAUACAUACAGUGGGAAAAGAGCAACCCUCUCCGAACAGAAGAUCAGACUCUCAUCACAAAAAGAGUGAUGUUUGCAUACGAGCAGUGCCUGCUGGUGCUGGGCCAUCACCCAGAUAUUUGGUACGAAGCUGCCCAGUACCUGGAACAGUCCAGCAAACUGCUGGCUGAGAAAGGGGACAUGAACAAUGCUAAAUUAUUUAGUGAUGAAGCUGCUAAUAUAUAUGAGAGAGCGAUUAGCACUUUGUUGAAGAAGAAUAUGCUACUUUAUUUUGCAUAUGCAGAUUAUGAAGAGAGUCGAAUGAAAUAUGAGAAGGUGCACAGCAUCUACAAUCGACUUCUGGCUAUUGAGGACAUUGACCCAACUCUGGUAUAUAUCCAGUAUAUGAAGUUUGCAAGGCGAGCAGAAGGCAUCAAAUCUGGAAGGAUGAUAUUCAAAAAAGCAAGAGAAGACACCAGAACACGCCAUCAUGUCUAUGUUACUGCAGCAUUAAUGGAGUACUACUGUAGUAAGGAUAAAUCAGUGGCCUUUAAGAUUUUUGAGCUGGGGUUAAAGAAAUAUGGGGACAUUCCAGAAUACGUAUUAGCCUAUAUUGACUACCUGUCCCACCUCAAUGAGGACAAUAAUACCCGAGUUUUGUUUGAACGAGUAUUGACCUCUGGAAGCCUUCCACCUGAGAAAUCUGGAGAAAUAUGGGCCAGAUUCCUUGCUUUUGAAAGUAACAUUGGUGACCUAGCCAGUAUCCUGAAAGUGGAGAAAAGACGAUUCACAGCAUUCAAGGAAGAAUAUGAAGGGAAGGAAACAGCAUUACUGGUCGAUAGGUACAAGUUCAUGGAUUUGUAUCCCUGCUCUGCGAGUGAACUGAAAGCUCUUGGCUAUAAGGACGUCUCUCGGGCCAAGCUAGCGACCAUCAUUCCAGACCCUGUGGUAGCUCCUUCCAUAGUGCCUGUCCUUAAAGAUGAAGUGGAUAGAAAACCUGAAUAUCCCAAGCCAGACACACAGCAGAUGAUCCCCUUUCAGCCAAGACAUUUAGCACCCCCAGGCUUACACCCUGUGCCUGGCGGGGUGUUUCCAGUGCCACCUGCUGCUGUAGUUUUAAUGAAACUCCUCCCUCCUCCCGUCUGUUUCCAGGGUCCUUUUGUACAAGUAGAUGAGCUGAUGGAAAUUUUCCGAAGAUGCAAGAUCCCGAGCUCCGUUGAUGAAGCCGUGAGGAUCAUUACCGGAGGAGUGCCAGACCUGGCCGUGGAAGGGAACGGCCCCAUGGAGAGCAACACCAUGCUCACCAAAGCAGUCAAACGGCCCAACGAGGAUUCGGAUGAGGAUGAAGAGAAAGGUGCCGUGGUGCCACCCAUCCAUGACAUCUACAGAGCCCGCCAACAGAAGAGAAUCCGGUGAGACAAGGGCAGUGUUCUCCUGCGGGAGAGAGACUUGUGUGCAGACGUCCCUUUGCCUCCUACGUCCUUUGUUUAAGAGACAACACUUUGUCAUGAGCAUCUUGGGAACAAAGUGAUGCUGUCACCGGUGCCUCUUUCUAUCCAAUGGUUCUCAAUAAAAACUUCAAAAGCCAACUAGAAGGGUGGGUUUUACAAUGUUGAGCAGAUAUGUGCUUUGAGCAAAACUAGGUUUUCAAAAAUGAGGGAAUAGUGCAAAAUGUCUGAAGACAUUUUGUUCCCUCUUCAAGUGUGUCUAGUGACUCACUUGAAGCCUUGUUGGUUUUCAACAGUUUUAUUUUAAAAACUGGAUGGCUUCUGAUUGUGAAACACUUUAAUUCACUUGUUCUGGAAGUUACUCUGUUUGCUCAUGUAAAGUCCUGCCUUAUUGUUUGUUUUUAUUUAUGGCAGAAUGUACGGAAUCUGUUUUGUAGUUUAAAAAUGGAAAGAAAAAAAACACCAGUUCUUUUAACAAUAAAAGAAUCUUCAAAACUC